AUGGCCGUUGAAAAGGUUGUCCCGACUGCGAGGGAACUUGAGCAAUUCGAUCUCAAUGAUGCCCACACUGUCGAGCUUAUUAAUCGUGCCCAAGAGGGAGAUGCCGCCGAUCGCAAGCUCACCGUCCGUCAGGCUCUAGUCAAGUACAAGAAGGCAGUUUUCUGGGCCUUGUUCUUGUCUACCAGUCUUAUUAUGGAAGGAUACGACCUUGUCAUUAUCACUUCCUUCUAUGGACAGACACAAUUCAAGAAUCGCUUUGGUGUGUAUGAUGAGGGAAGCGGCGAGAAGCUCAUCCCUCCUGAGUGGCAAUCCGGACUUUCGAACUCGGCACUGGUUGGGCAGCUCGCAGGCCUGGUUACACUAAGUACAACAUACGCUUGUGAGGUCGUCCCAACCGUACUUCGGCCGUAUGUCACAGCCUACGUCUGCAUGUGUUGGGGCGCCGGUAUCUUACUAUCAGCUGGAGUUGUCCGAGCAGUCGCUAGCAUCGACGGCGAUAUGGGCUGGCGGCUCCCAUUCCUUCUUCAGUGGGUAUGGCCCGUCCCUCUUUUCAUUGGAGCUUACUUUGCACCCGAGUCUCCGUGGAACGCUGUGAGGCGUGGCAAAUUCGACACAGCUCGGAAAAGUCUUGUUCGUCUUCGAGAAGACACCACGGAACGCGAAGCUGAAGUCGAUGCUUCGCUGGCAUACAUCAGACACACGACAGCACUCGAGGAGGCCGAGACUCACGGCGCCUCGUUCAUUGAGUGUUUCAAAGGAACCAAUCUGUGGCGGACUGAGAUUAUUCUCCUGGAGAACUGCGUCGUCUGGGCUGCCCAAAUCCUAGGGGGCAAUGCUCUAGUAGCUUAUGGAGUGACCUUCCUCCAAGCCGCAGGCUUUUCGGAGAUACAGUCUCUCAACUUGAACAUCUCAUUGUCUGCAUGCUACGUUAUCGGUGGCAUUAUCUGCUGGUUUCUGUUUCCUCAUGUUGGACGUGCAACGCUCUACAUGAGUGGUUUGACAUUCCUAUUUUUCUGCAACAUUGUGAUCGGAGGACUCGGAUUCACGAAGGAUGCAAAAGCUCAGAUUGCGAUUGGCGUCAUUCUGGUUGUCUCAACUCUGGUCAAUAUGGUCACGGUCGGACCUGUCUGCUACCCUAUCGUUGCGGAAACCCCGUCCGGGAGACUCCGUUACAAAACCAUCGUGAUCGGUCGCUUCGUCUACAAUGUUACAGGCAUUGUGGAACACACCCUCACCCCUCGAAUGAUCUCGCCGAUUGGAUGGAACUGGGGAGCGAAGGCUGGUUUGUUUUACGCUGGAACUAAUCUCGUUUGCAACACGUGGUGUUAUUUCCGUCUCCCGGAAACAAAAGACCGACCGUUUGGUGAACUUGAUAUUCUCUUCGAAAACAAGAUUCCCGCAAGAAAGUUCAAGUAUACCACUGUUGACCAAUUCGCCGGAAGAAAUGAGAUCGUUGGCAAGGAGGAAGACAUGGCCUAA